GGAAGAGGUGACGAGGAGAAGCUGCUGUCUCUUUUCUCCCAGCUUUCCAUCACUUUAAAAAAAAAAAGAAAGAAAGAAAGAAAGAAAGAGAGACCAGACCAGAGCAACAACCAAAAGAAAGGACACACAGGAUAUAUAUACAUACAUACAAAAGAAAAAGAAACCCUACUCUUCUCCAUUCUCCUUUUCAAGGAGGGCAUUUUUCUUCCCUUUCCCCCCCUUUCCUUUUCUACCCCGAUUUUUUCCUCUGAGAUCCCGGUUUUGUCAAAUUACAGCCCCUGAACUUCUCUGGGAUUUCAGGUGAGGCACGCGUGUGUAGUGUGUGGUGCUUCUUCGUUUUUUUUAUUACCUAUCAUGGCUCACGCGGCCUCCCAAUUGAAGAAGAAUCGGGGGGAAGUGGAUGUGAAUGCAAUAGAGGACGAGAAGGAGAAGCGGAGGAAGAGCAGGAGAACAGCAUCCCGGGAACAAAAGAGAAAGUCUGAUAGCAAUGCCAGUUACCUACGAGCUGCCCGGGCAGGGAACCUCGAAAAAGUCCUUGACUACCUCAAGUCUGGGGUUGAGAUUAACAUUUGCAAUCAAAAUGGUCUAAAUGCUCUUCAUCUGGCCUCCAAGGAGGGACAUGUAGAGGUUGUUGCUGAGCUGCUGAAGCUCGGAGCCACUGUGGACGCAGCCACAAAGAAAGGAAACACUGCUCUGCACAUAGCGUCGCUGGCUGGCCAAACGGAAGUCGUCAAAGAGCUGGUCACUAAUGGAGCCAAUGUCAACGCACAAUCUCAGAAUGGCUUCACUCCUCUGUACAUGGCAGCGCAGGAGAAUCACCUGGAGGUGGUGCGGUUCCUUCUGGAGAACAGCGCCAGCCAGAGUAUCGCCACUGAGGAUGGCUUUACCCCUCUGGCAGUGGCCCUCCAGCAGGGCCAUGACCAGGUGGUCUCCCUGCUAUUGGAGAACGAUACAAAGGGCAAGGUGCGCCUGCCUGCCCUGCACAUCGCUGCACGCAAGGACGACACCAAGGCCGCGGCCCUGCUCCUGCAGAACGACCACAACGCAGACGUCGAGUCCAAGAGUGGUUUCACCCCCCUCCACAUCGCAGCGCAUUAUGGCAACAUUAAUGUGGCCACGCUUUUGCUGAACCGUGGGGCUGCUGUGGACUUCAUGGCUCGGAAUGACAUCACACCGCUUCAUGUGGCCGCAAAAAGGGGCAACAGCAAUAUGGUGAAGUUGCUGCUGGACAGAGGGGCCAAAAUUGAUGCAAAGACCAAGGACGGUCUGACACCUCUUCACUGUGGGGCACGGAGCGGACACGAGCAGGUGGUAGAAAUUCUUCUGGACAGAGGAGCUCCUAUACUGUCCAAGACCAAGAACGGCCUAUCGCCUCUCCACAUGGCCACUCAGGGGGACCACCUGAACUGCGUCCAGCUCCUGCUCCAGCACGACGUGCCCGUGGAUGACGUCACCAAUGACUACCUUACGGCGCUGCACGUUGCUGCCCACUGCGGUCACUACAAGGUGGCCAAGCUCAUUGUUGACAAGAAGGCCAACCCAAAUGCCAAGGCUCUGAAUGGUUUCACUCCGCUUCAUAUCGCCUGCAAGAAGAACAGAGUCAAGGUGAUGGAGCUGUUGCUUAAACAUGGAGCAUCUAUCCAGGCUGUCACAGAGUCCGGCUUGACGCCCAUUCAUGUGGCAGCCUUUAUGGGCCAUGAAAACAUUGUCCAUGCGCUGACGCACCACGGAGCAUCGCCCAACACCACCAAUGUGCGAGGAGAGACAGCUCUCCACAUGGCAGCCAGGGCAGGCCAGGCAGACGUAGUCCGAUACCUGCUAAAGAACGGAGCCAAGGUGGAGACCAAGUCCAAGGAUGACCAGACAGCGCUGCACAUAUCCAGUCGGCUGGGGAAGGUCGACAUUGUCCAGCAGCUGCUGCAUUGCGGUGCGUCUGCCAAUGCUGCCACCACCUCAGGCUACACCCCCCUUCACCUGGCUGCCCGCGAAGGACACCAUGAUGUUGCUGCCAUGCUCCUGGACAAUGGUGCCUCACUCUCAUCUGCAACAAAGAAAGGAUUCAGUCCCCUCCAUGUGGCAGCAAAGUAUGGCAAGAUGGAGGUAGCCAGUUUGCUCCUACAGAAGGGAGCUGCACCUGAUGCUGCUGGAAAGAGUGGGCUAACUCCUCUGCAUGUAGCUGCUCACUACGAUAAUCAGAGGGUGGCACUGCUGCUGCUGGAUCAGGGAGCUUCCCCACACGCUGCCGCCAAGAACGGCUACAUGCCCCUUCAUAUCGCUGCCAAGAAGAACCAAAUGGAAAUUGGGACCACACUGCUGGAGUACGGUGCAGACACCAAUGCAGUGACGCGCCAAGGCAUCAGCCCAAUUCACCUUGCAGCACAGGAAGGCAACGUGGAUCUGGUGUCACUGCUGCUGACCAAGAACGCUAAUGUCAACGUGUGCAACAAGAGUGGACUAACACCACUCCACUUAGCAGCGCAAGAGGACAAGGUCAAUGUUGCUGAAGUCCUUCUCAAUCACGGGGCUGAUGUCAACCCACAAACAAAGAUGGGUUACACUCCGCUGCAUGUAGCUUGCCACUAUGGAAAUGCAAAGAUGGCAAACUUCCUGCUGCACAACCAUGCCAGAGUCAAUGGCAAAACCAAGAACGGGUACACUCCUCUACACCAAGCUGCUCAGCAGGGCCACACCCACAUCAUCAACCUGCUGCUUCAGAACGGGGCCUCGGCCAACGAACUCACUGUGAAUGGGAACACUGCCCUAUCCAUUGCCCGCCGUCUUGGUUACAUCUCUGUGGUUGACACUCUGAGGCCUGUGACUGAUGAAAACUUGGCCACUAUGAGUGCAUCCGAAAAGCAUAAAAUCAAUGUCCCUGAGACCAUGAAUGAAUUCCUCGAUAUGUCAGAUGAUGAAGUCCAGGCCAAUGUGCCAGAAACUCUCAGUGAGGAGUCUUUGUCAGAUGUUGACGAAGGUGAGGAUGCAAUGACUGGGGAUACAGACAAAUACCUGCGGCCUCAGGACCUCAAAGAGUUGGGGGAUGACUCUCUCCCUCAUGAGGGGUACAUGGGUUUCAGCAUAGGAGCCCGCUCAGCCAGCCUCCGCUCCUUCAGUUCGGAUAGGUCCAACACGCUCAACCGGAGCUCCUUUGCACGAGACAGUAUGAUGAUUGAAGAGAUUCUGGCUCCUACAAAAGACACGCACCUUGCUGUGACCAGAGAUUACAGUUCGGAGUGUAUGAGACGCUACAGCUGGACUCCUGACACUAUGGAUCACAGCCACAACACUGUGUCUAGCCCAAUUCACUCUGGGUUCUUGGUCAGUUUCAUGGUGGAUGCCCGUGGUGGUUCCAUGAGGGGCAGCCGCCACAAUGGCAUGCGCAUCAUCAUCCCUCCCAGGAAAUGCACGGCACCCACACGUAUUACUUGUCGCCUGGCUAAAAGACACAAACUGGCCUAUCCUCCACCCAUGGUAGAGGGGGAGGGGCUGGUCAGCCGACUGGUGGAGGUCGGACCUGCUGGGGCUCAGUUCCUUGGUCCUGUGAUUGUGGAGAUCCCUCAUUUUGGUUCAAUGCGGGGGAAAGAGAGGGAGUUGAUUGUGUUGAGGAGUGAUAAUGGUGACACAUGGAAGGAGCACCAGUCUGACACCAGACCAGAAGACCUCACAGAGCUGCUUUCUGGAAUGGAUGAAGAGCUGGAUAGUCCUGCCGAAUUGGAGAAGAAGCGUAUUUGCCGCAUCGUCACUGGUGAUUUUCCACAGUAUUUUGCUGUGGUGUCACGGAUUAAGCAGGAAUCUAAUCAUAUGGGUCCUGAUGGAGGAGUACUUUCUAGCAGUACUGUUCCCAUGGUCCAGGCCUCAUUCCCCCCAGGAGCUCUCACCAAGAAGAUCCGUGUUGGCCUGCAGGCCCAGCCUGUGCCAGAUGACAUGGUGAGGGCAGUCCUUGGCAACAGAGCCACCUUCAGCCCCAUUGUCACUGUAGAGCCGAGGAGAAGAAAAUUCCACAAGCCGAUCACUAUGACGAUCCCUGUCCCACCUAGAUCGGCAGAAGGCCAUCCCAGCGGCCAUCGAGGCGAAUCUGCACCCUGCCUGCGUCUCCUCUGCAGCAUCACAGGAGGAACCUCCCCUGCGCAGUGGGAGGACAUCACAGGAACCACACCACUGUCCUUUGUAACUGACUGCGUUUCCUUCACCACAAAUGUUUCGGCCAGGUUUUGGCUCGCAGACUGUCACCAGAUUCCUGAGACGGUGAGUCUAGCGUCUCAGUUAUACCGGGAGCUGAUCUGCGUGCCGUACCUGGCCAAAUUUGUGGUGUUCGCCAAGAUGAAUGAUGCUGUUGAGGCUCGGCUGCGCUGCUUCUGCAUGACGGACGACAAAGUGGACAAGACCCUCGAGCAGCAGGAGAACUUUGAGGAGGUGGCCCGCAGCAAAGAUAUUGAGGUUCUUGAGGGCAAGCCGAUCUACAUGGAUUGUUAUGGCAAUCUUUCCCCUCUUGCCAAAAGCGGGCAGCAGCUGGUAUUUAACUUCUUCUCCUUCAAGGAAAACAGGCUUCCUUUCAACGUAAAGAUCAGAGACAUGGGCCAAGAACCAUGUGGGCGCCUCUCCUUCCUGAGAGAGCCAAAAACCACAAAAGGCCUUCCACAGACUGCCAUAUGCAAUUUGAAUAUCACACUGCCAACCCACAAGAAGGAUAUGGAGUCUGAUCCUGAUGAUGAGACUGAAAAGCCAGAGCGACGUCAUACCUUUGCCUCCUUAGCUUUGCGUAAGCGCUACAGCUAUUUGACCGACCCAGCAGCGAAAACAACUGAUCGAAGCUCGCCGAGAACACAGCCUUCUAGCUACCCUCACAAACCUGUCUUUUCAACGAGACCUUAUCAGGCGUGGUCGCCUGUUCCUGUCACCGUCCCUGGCCAAGCCAAGUCUGGGUUUGGCUCCCUCUCCAGUUCGUCAUCCAACACGCCCUCUGCCUCUCCAUUAAAGUCUGUCUGGUCCAUCAACUCUGCCUCCCCCAUCAAGACAAACAUCCCUGGAUCACCUGCCUCUUCUGUAAAGUCAGUUAGUGACAUAGCCUCUCCCAUCCGAUCUUACAGAACCAUCUCCUCUCCUAUAAAAACGGUAGUCCAGCAAGCUCAGUACCCCGUCCAGGUCAGCCCCAGUCCCCUUUCUUCACCGGGCAAAAGUGCCCCAGAUCCUCUGUCUAUGAAAGGAUUGGCAGCAUUGUCUGCUAGAACUUCCCCUUUAACUGUCCCUGAAAGAGGGAGCACUCUUCUUGAAAGAUCAUCUAUGGGCAUGACCCCACCAAGCUCUCCCAAAUCUUCUCUGAGUAUGUUCAGUUCACCCCUGCCAUAUAAGACCGUUAUGGGAGGAUCUAGUGGCACUGCAUCGUCCUCAUCACCUAUAAAAACUGUACCUGGUCUCUCUUCUGUGCGUUCCUUUGCCUCUGACGUCACAAGCCCUGCAAGAAACCUGUUUUCGUCCCUUUCAUCACCACUGAAAUCCAACUCCUCCCCAAGUGCUGCAGCUUUGAUCAAUGGAAGUGUCUCGCCCACACAGUACCGUUCUUCAUCCCCAACAUCUCUUCUCUCCAGCAGUCUCCAAGAGAGGAUACAAGCAACCACCAAUGCUGCAACCACAAGUGUCAAUGCAGCAUUUGAUGAAGUUGAAAAAACAUUCAAUUCUUGCUCUGCAGGUUAUGGCACCCUGAAGUCCAUGUCUUCUUCUGCAUCUUCCUCAUAUCAGUCCAUUAGAUCAUCAGCUUCUAAUUCCCUGUAUCCCUCACUAAGAUCCCCCACUAAUGUUACCACUGCUGUAACGUCCAGUACAAUGACUGUUCCAGUGUACUCUGUUAUUAAUGUGCUGCCAGAGCACCAGUUUAAAAAGUUACCUGAGGUGUCAAAGUCAGCUGCUGCUCUUCUAUCCCCAAGGAAGACUGUGCCAGUUGAGGUAAAUGCUCAGUUGCAGUCUUCCUUUGCCAAAACGCUUUCCCCUAUCAAAGCUCCCUUUUCUGCUGGCCUCAAGUCAAAUACCACAUCACCACUGUCAUCUAGCCAAGAGAUUCUGAAGGAUGUAGCUGAAAUGAAGGAGGACUUGAUUCGAAUGUCAGCCAUUUUGCAGACAGACCCAAAUUCCACAGCAAAUAAAGGAUUUCAGUCUGAUUCUCCCAGAGAGGCUAAGAUAGAAGAUGAGGAGCCAUAUCGGAUUGUGGAGAAAGUAAAGCAAGACUUGGUAAAAGUCAGUGAAAUCCUCACUAAAGAUGGUGUGAAGGAUGGUAGGGUUUCCCUGGCCAGGGAUUCAUUGGAUGACAUACAUUUCUCGAAAGUACAAGUUGAACAACCCCCAAGCAACUGGAGCUAUCCCCCAAGAUAUGAGACAGUGGUCCCUCAAGCCAAAUCAAAAACAAUUCCUGAUCGAGAUUUCAAUCUGUCCAAAGUGGUUGACUACCUGGCCACUGAUGUGGGCAACAGCUCUUUCACCAAAAUGUAUGAUACAAAGCAUAAAGCAGAUGAGGGCAAAAGAGAAGAAGAUGGGAAAGAGAAGCAGAAACGUGUUUUAAAACCCACCAUAGCAGUUCAGGAACAUAAGCUCAAAAUGCCUCCAACAAACAUGAGGUCUUCUUCUUCUGACAAGGAGAUCAGUAAAAUAGCUGAUACGCUUUUUGGAGCAGAUACUGUGCUAGAAUCCCCUGAUGAUAUCUCACAUGAACAAGAUAAAAGCCCUCUCUCAGACAGUGGCUUUGAGACCAGAAGUGAAAGAACACCCUCUGCCCCUCAAAGUGCAGAAGGCAUGGGCCCCAAGGCCCUUUUUCAGGAUAUCCCAGUUCCACCAGUGAUCACUGAGACUAGAACUGAGGUUGUCCAUGUCAUCAGGAGUUAUGAGUCUCCAGAGGACAACAAACAACCUGCAAUGGAGGAUGCUCACCCAGUAAGAUAUAUUGAUUCAGAUGCUAAAGGGCAUCAAAAUCAAACUACGUCAACUGCAGACCAGAAUAAAUGCUAUUCAAUUAAAGUCAGCCCUGACGAAGAUCCCAUGGGGAAAGGGAUGAGGGUAAAGGAGGAAACUCACAUCACUACCACCACCAGGAUGGUGUACCACAAACCACCUGGCAAAGAAGCAGCAUCUGAGAGGUGUGAGGAGACGAUGUCUGUGCAUGACAUAAUGAAGGCAUUUCAGUCAGGCAAAGACCCUUCUAGAGAGCUGGCUGGACUGUUUGAACACAAGUCAAGCAAUGAGGAAACAUCUCAGAGAGUCCUCGAGGAUAUCAACUCCAAACCUAAAGUUGAAAGAAUAAUUGAGGUUCAUAUUGAAAAGGGCAAUAAAACAGAACCAACAGAAGUCAUCAUCAGAGAGACAAAAAACCAUGCGGAGAAGGAAAUGUACUACUAUCCAGGGAAUAGACAAGAUGAGGAAGAGACCGAGGAGUCUCUCCCAGUGUACCUUGACUCCCCAAGAGUGAACACACCCAUGUCCCAGGAAGAAGACAGUCGCCCUAAUUCAGCCCAGCUCAUGACAGAUGACUCUUACAAAACUCUAAAGCUACUUAGCCAACAGUCUGUUGAGUACAAUGAGGAUGAGUCAUCAGAGCUUAGAGGGGAGUCUUACAAUUUUGCAGAGAAAAUGCUACUCUCUGAGAAAUUUGACCAAUCUCAUUCUGACACAGAAGAAUAUUUGAGAGAUAGGUCUCGCUUCUGCUCACCAGAUAGAAGCAGUCACAGUGAGGGUAGAUCAGUAGGGCCAAGGACAGAGUAUGUCUUUAGGUCAACAAGAAACGUCUUUGAUAAAUCUGGACGAAUGGCCAAUGUUGAUGACAACUUUGACAAACUGACACUUUUGCAAUAUUCAUCUGAGCCUGGUAGCCCCAAGCAGUCUGUUUGGAUGCGUGUGUCAGAUGACACCCAGAAUAAGGACAGAGAACAGCUUAUAUAUGAGGACAGGGUGGACAGAACUGUAAAAGAGGCAGAGGAAAAACUAAGUGAGGUGUCUCAGUUCUUCCGUGAUAAAACAGAACAGCUCAAUGAUGAGUUGUCAUCUCCAGAGAAGAAAUCUCGUAGACCAGACUUCAGAGAAUCACGGUCAGGGCCCAGCUCUACACACAGCAGUCCAGAAAGAUCAGCUUAUAGGAGUGGGAGUAGUGGGGAAGAGUGGAGCAGGGAAAGGCUUCGAGACAGGUUCACCUCCAGUGACAGGAAAUGUGCCAGUUUACCAAGCAGUCCAGAAAGGAGAGUAUUGUUACAGUAUUGUGAUUCAGACUCAAGAAGACAAGGUGAUGGUAAAUCACAGGUAACUACAGGUGAAAACCCUAAACCUUUUCAGAUGUCUUCCUCCAAAGUCAGUGCAGUGAGGCUAAAGUUUGAGCAAGAGGCUCAAAGGCAAGAUAGGAGUCCUCAGGGUGUCCAAAAUUCAAAUCCUCCUAUCAGAAAGCUCCAGGAAAGUAAGCUUCCUGUUUACCAGGUAUUUGCUGGUUCAGGUGUCCCAAAAACAGGAGAUGGUGUGGGAAAUCAGAGGAGUUGUCAAGAGAGUGAAACAAAUAAGUUCUCACCCAAGCAUGAGACUAGUGGAAAAGAUCAAGAUGAGAGCAAGUUAUUCAGAACAUGGGAGAACCAAGGGUACGGAAACUAUAAACCUCAAUCUCCCAAACUAUCUAAUUCAUUAAUCCAUGAUUCUAUGAAAGGCAGCAAUAAUAGUGAUUCCCAAAGACAAGAAACAACAAAAAAAAUAAUCUACACAGAAUUUGUUGUCCGAGAAAGUCCAAACAGCAACGAUAGUCUAAAAAAAAACUCGGAAUCACAAAUUCCUGUAAGAAAACCAUCUAAUUUCUCAGAAAAUCAGAAAUCUCCCCCUUUAAAAUCUGAUACCCCUAUUGAACCACUUGAGAGGACAGGGUCUCAUAGUUCAGCUCGAAAUCGGGUACACAGUAGCUCUGAAUCCAAUAAGUCUACCCGUGGAUCAUCAGUAGGAAAAUCCACAGAUUCAUCAGAGGGUAGCCAGUCAAAUGUAGUGUGUAAUGGUGUUGAUAGUGACCAAGUAGAAUAUUUGGAUCAAGUAACUCCUGUAGUUGUAACUGAGGGUUUUAAAGAUAUUAAGCCCUUGCCUGUUUAUGUCAGCAUCCAAGUAGGAAAGCAGUAUGAGAAAGAGACAGCUUCGGGUCAGCUGGGAACAUACAAAAAGAUAGUAAGCCACGAGAGUAGGACAGUGCAUGAAACUAGGGGUGCAUUUUACUCUGUCAAACAAAAGCAGUCGCCAUCACCUCAAGGAAGUCCAGAAGAUGACACUCUAGAACAAGUGACUUUCAUUGAAAGCUCUGGGAAAAGUCCUGUUACCCCUGAGACCCCCAGCUCAGAGGAAAUGAGCCUGACCUCCAGAACGCCAGACUCUGUGAUAGGCUUCAUGCCUGGCAUGCCAAGUCCUAUCCCAGAGGAGUCUGAGGAGGAAGAAGGAAAGACCUUCAUCUACAAAGAGCCCUCAAAGGAAAAACCUAAGCCAGCUUCCCCAGAGAAUAAAAAGCAGGAUGGAGAGAGACAAAGGUCAAAGGACAAAAGAGUGACUUAUAUAGAGUUUCCACCGCCUCCUCCUAUAGAAGCAGAACAGUCCAAUCCAGAGAAAAGGGGUUCGUGUGCUUCUUCUUCAGAGACAGAGAUGAUGGAGGUUAACCUGCAAGAGGAACAUGAUAGACACCUCUUAGCUGAGCCAGUCAUCAGGGUCCAGCCUCCAUCCCCUAUUCCCCCCGGAGCCGAUAACAGUGACUCUAGUGAUGAUGAGUCUGUCUUUCAUCCCAUCCCACUCAAAAAGUAUACAUUUAAAAUGAAGGAAGAAGGAGAGAAAUGUCCAAAACCCCAAAAAUCAGAGAAAAAUGGAAAUAAGGACUCUGGGAUCAAUGGUGUAGUAAAGGGAGAGGAUGCUGAUUUUGAGCAAAAUGGCAAUGAUCAGUCAAUCACUGACUGCUCAUUAGCGACCACUGCUGAGUUCUCUCAUGACACAGAUGCAACUGAAAUUGACUCUUUAGAUGGGUAUGACCUUCAGGAUGAGGAUGAUGGACUGAGCGAAGAUCCAAAAACAUCUAGCCUGUCUAAUGAUGGAAAAACAGCAGGUGCAUUUAGCCAGUCCAAGCUUGAAGUGAUAGAGGAAGAGAAAUGUGAGGAAGGGGGAGAUGGAAAGACUAAAAUCAGUGCAUCUUCUCUGCAAAGUAGUGGGGAUGAAAAAGAUUACACUCUUGAAGGAAGACAUCCAGAUAGGCAGGGCUUUGGAGAAAACUACUUUGGCUAUCAACUUGAAGAGGAGCUGAAUUCACCCUUUAAAACUGUGGCCACCAAAGGUUUGGACUUUGACCCCUGGUCUACAAAAGGGGUUGAUAAUGAUGGGGUUUUUGAGUCCAAAUCAAAAGACGAUGACCCAAAACCCUAUGGCUUAUCAGUGGAGGACUCACAGGCUACAACUCCUGACACAACCCCUGCUCGAACACCAACUGAUGAGAGCACACCGACUAGUGAGCCUAACCCUUUCCCUUUCCACGAAGGGAAGAUGUUUGAGAUGACCCGCAGUGGUGCUAUUGACAUGAGCAAGCGGGACUUUGUUGAAGAGAGGCUUCAGUUUUUCCAGAUUGGUGAGCAUUCCUCUGACCCUAAAACAGGGGAAAAGGGGCGAGGGGGCAAGAUCCUGGGGGUACUUUCCUCUCAAUCAAAAACAGGGGAGAGGGCCACUGUAGAUGGAAAGGUGAAGGUUAUAGAUACUACCACAGACAGCAGCACUACACCAACAACACCAGCAGCAACUACAGCAAAAUGCAGUCCUGCACAGCCUCGCAGUGACACUGGCUAUGCUGGUACUGAUGCCCCCAUCUGUGAAGCCAUAGCUGAAACUGCCUCGUCAUGCACAAUCACAGCCUCUAAGGUUGAUUCGAAAUUACGUACUCCUAUUAAGAUGGGCAUAGCUGCCUCUAUAACUGUGAAAAAAGACUCAGGGGAUCUCACUGAUUGUAAAGCUGAGAUAUCUGAGGGCCAGCUGGUGCCAGAAUACAUUAGUAUAGAGGGGCAGUCUACAGACAGCAAGUCUAGCAGCCACACUUCGCCCAGAUUAGAAAGAAGAGAUUACCCCUCUGAAAACUGCAACAACAAUAAUAACCUUGAGUCCUCCAGUGUACAGGCCAACUACAUACAGUGUGGCAGUGUGGUGUUUAAUUUGCAGUCCUCUUCUGAACCCACCCUCCAAAAAGCUAGUAGGAUAGAAACGCUUUGCUGUAGGGAAUUAGAAGAAAGAGUGGAAGUGCACAGCAGUAGUCAGGUGCAGGAGCAGAAAAAUGAAACAGUUAAAGAAAAUGAAGUGAAGCAGCCCAAGUCAAGACUUCCAGUUAAAGCAUCAGGGUGGUCAUUUCACACGCAGGGAACAGCCAUAGGUAAACAGAAGCCGAAACAAGCAGUGAAAGUUGAGGUUAAAAAAAGAGGCGAGCCAGCCAUAGCCAAAGUAGAGCCCAGGUCUAGGAUACCAAUAAAGGAUGUUAAAAAGAGCAGCCCUGCUUCUACAGCUAGCUCAGUUGUUUCAGUUCGGGUUACCUCACAGCCAAUGAGGGCACUGGCCACAGAGAGAGCAGCCAUACAGUUGCCCUCAAGGCUUCCACUGAAGGACAGGCAUCAGGUCAGCAGUGUCGCAAUUGAGGGAGUAUGUAGACCAGACAGACAGGAAAACCCUAGUGAGCUUUGUAAGCGCACCAUCGAAUACUUUAAAGACAUUAGCGGGGAGACGCUAAAGUUGGUGGACCGCCUGUCAGACGAGGAGAAAAAGACGCAGACAGAGCAGUCGGAGGAAGACAGCACCUCCCGGAGCACCUCUCUGUCGGACGCCUCCCAGCCUUCCCAGCCCUCCCAGCCCUCCCGCUCAUCCAGGUCUGGUAGAGGUUCGAGGGCUGAGGCCGGGGCCGCGUCCGUAAGGGCAAAGGUGGCGACGACGGACAGGGCCUCCGGCAGUGAGAGGAGCAGGAGGAGUAGGCGGACUGGUGGGAAGGAGGGCAGUCAGGGACUCACAGGGUCUCGAACGCCUCCCAUCGCGGAGAUCAAGCCUAGUCCCCAAAGUCCUUGUGAGCGAACGGACUUGCGCAUGGCUAUAGUUGCAGAUCACUUGGGACUCAGUUGGACAGAGCUGGCUCGGGAGAUGAACUUCACAGUGGAUGAGAUCAAUCACAUUAGACUAGAGAACCCGAACUCUCUGACAGCACAGAGCUUCAUGCUUCUUAAGAAAUGGGUCAGUCGGGAAGGGAAAAACGCCACAACGGAUGCCUUAACUGCAGUGCUGACCAAAGUCAAUCGGAUGGAUAUUGUGACUUUGCUGGAGGGGCCAAUAUUUGACUAUGGUAACAUUUCAGGCACAAGAUGUUUUGCCGAUGAUAACGCUGUUUUCCGGGAUCAGGCUGAUGGUUGGCACAGCGAUUCAUCCAGUGUCAAUGUGGAACCGCCAACGCCAGGACGCAGUGUCAGCUCAGACUUGCUCGACAGACGAGAAAGCCAAGAGAACUCUAGUGACUCCAUCACCUCCUCAUCUAGAGGAGAAUCAGGGAGGUCCCGACAGAACGGCGACAACUCAAAGCACUCACCUCAGGACGGCUCAUCUGAAUCAUCAAAUGGCAGAAAGGAGGAGGGAACACUAGUGUCAGAGAAAAAAGUCCAGCGAGUUAGUGUAGAUUCCGGUUCAGAGGAAGAACAGACAGUAACCACCAGAAUCUUCAGACGCCGUCUAAUUUUAAAGGGAGAAGAAGCAAAGAACAUCCCAGGUGAGACCAUGACAGAGGAACACUAUAUGGACCAAGAUGGUAACCUCAUCAGUAGAAAAGUCAUAAGGAAGGUUAUUCGCCGGGUGUCUACUCCCACACCAGAAAACCAAGGAGGUGACAGGUGGCACAAAGACCUUCACCACAGUCCCACUCUGCAAGAAGAUGCAUCAGAGCAUGGAGAGGGGUCAAGGAAUAGCAGGCGGAAAGAUGAUAGAAGAUCAGGGGAUAAAAAGCACCACUCAUAGGGAUGGUUACUCUCUUCCAGAUACAGAGAAACCAAGUUCGACGUUUCCUGGGAACAAGUGUUCAGAGGGCUAAGACUUCAGGUUCGAGGACUUAAAGCAAAGGUCCAGUGUGCCACUAUCUGCUCUAAAUAAAUGGCUUUCACAUGAAAGGAGUCAACCCUUCUGACUUGCGCAUGAGCAUGAAAAACUCACUUCCUGUCAAUUAAAGGACCAGGAAGUUCUCACUUUCUGACUGUGGUGGACCAGUGGACAAUGAUCCUGCUUCCUGUUUUGUGUGAAACAAUACGUGCCAUCGGUCCACUGGUGUUGUGAGAGCUUUUUGGAGGAGCGUCGUUUGUUGCGAAAAACGACAGAGACUCCAUUACUGACAACCACACAGGUGCAAGUGUGACCAAAGAUGGCACAAGAGCUCAAUGCACAUGGUGGGUGAAAAGAAUGAGGUAGACACAAUAACACACACAAAAAAAAUCGAAUGGACACUUCUGAUCCAACUUCAACACUCGCCUUAUAGUUUUUUCUUGAACUCAUUGUUGUCAGGAUGUAAAUUGUUUGGGGUUUUUUUUCCUUCCUUUUUAAAACUUAAACACAACUAACACAAAAGCUUUUUUUCCUGUAUAUAAAAUUAUAAUGUGUAUAAUUCUUUUAAAUCAAAUGGACAAGUUGCUGGUUGCGAACGCACUGAGGAGAGUGACCUUUUCAAGUGCUUUCAAAAUUUACUGAAACGAUUUCACUUUUAAAGAUUUGAGUGUAACUUCACGGGUUCUUGUAUAAUUAAUUACUAGAACAGGUAUAAUGUUUGUACAUGAAAAAGCUGGUUUGAUUUUAACAGAAGAAAUUUCCAGAAAAAAAAUCUAAUUUCUGUAAUUCUCAAAGUGGGAACGGAUCUAAUCCUGCAAAAAAAGGAGCCUUUCAGAGUACUCAUAUUUUCAUGCAUGCUGUUCACAUUAUUUUAAUUACAAUUUUUACAGGUUUGCAAAACACUGUAUUCAAAUGAAUCCCUUUAUCACUAUACACAUAUAGCCCUGACGUUUGUCACCGAUUUUAUAUUUCAAAUUGAAAAAGGAUACCAUUAAAGCAUUUAUCAUGUUGGGGUGAGGAUGAAAAAAAAUCUAUAGCUUCUUGAGGAUGUGAUGUCUUGUCUGUCUGUGUAAAACUGGAGGGCAGCUUCUGCUACAGGAACGAAGUAAUCUGAAUGUAAAUGCUAGUAGGCUGGCUCGCUGUAAAAUUAUACUUGUAUUGUGCAUAUUGGCUAUAAGGUUUAGGAGUCUCUGUACACUGUAAGACUGUUUGUAAACAUUUAGCAGUGUGUCAGUUUGGUUUUCUAAUGGCUGCUGUGGUAUUAAAGGAAAACUGGGGCAUUUCACUUUGGAUUCUUUGGUGAAGUAUUUCCUUAAUUUAAAACCUACUCACAUUAAGGACACAUAAAGACAUUAUUUGAUUGUAGCUCCAAAUAGCAUAUUGUAUGACAAAACACUGGAUGGUCAGAACCAGUUAUUUAAGCAUUAAAUAAAUUGUGUUUUAACUCUGAAACUGUGUGAUCUCUUUAGGCUUGAGAGUCUGUAUAUGCAGUGUCGAAUAGAAUUGUUUUCACUAGCUCACUGACAAAAUUUUACUUUACAUGACAUUAGGAAUUUAUGUAUCAGUUUUCAUUAGAUGCCCAUGUAGUUCAAGUGUGGUGUUCUACUGCUGCGAUGGCUCAGUAUGCUGAUGUCUAUGCUGUGGACAUGAAAACUAUGUAACUUUUCUUUUUUUUCAGUUUUUUUGGGGUGGGUGGGAGUAUUAAAGGAAGUCAGAUAGGGUGCUGUACCACAUCCCCUUAUACUACUGUGUCAAUCAGGGGGUAGAGGAUACUUUGAUAUGGUUGAAGUAUCAAUUUUGUUAAUUUUCUUUGAUAUGUGUUUUCACCUGAGCAGAUUUUUUGAUGUACAAUUCUUACUAACAGAGUGAAGCCAUUGAAAUAUAACUAUUCUAGCACUUUGGUUAUUCAAGGUCUUUUAGAGGCUAUAACAGCAAUGAUGCCAUCACAAAUGUUUCAAACGUCUUUAAAAAAAAUCAACCUAAAAACUACAAAAAAAUACAAUAAAAAUGCAGUGAUUUUGCAGUACA